AUGGCUCCAAAAAAGACUGUUUCAUCUGCCGGGGUUAGCGAGGCUGGCGAAAAGGCGAUAGACAAAUUAGAUGUGAAGGAAUUCCGGGAGCGAUUCUGCAUCCCAAAUGGCGUAUCUAUAGACUUGGUGAACGAGGAGGCGGCUAUGCCUACUGAGAAAGGUCUGGAAUUGAGGGGCCACAUUGUGGAUUGGGUGGGAAAGGCGUCCUUCGCCUGUGUCUGCAAAUUAUUCGAGAUAGAUCCCAAGGAGAGGGCCUACAAGACAUUGCUUUCCGCGCGAAAUUUGAUAGCGGUCGUCCGGGAGUCCCAGGAAUAUGUUAUCAAUAUUCUCCCCAGGAAACUGGCAAAGGAUGAAAUAGUGCCUGGGGAGCAUUAUACUGUGAAGGAGCUCCCCCUCUAUCAGGAAGCUAAAGAGGCUGAUGCUGAGAGACGACGAAAGCUCCUGGAGGAUCGAGAUCAGAGGAAAAAUGAAGGUAAUAUCCGGAAGGCUCCUGGACAGAAGCGGGGUCCGGAUUCUCCUCCAAAGAAAGCUCCAGUAAAAAGGAGGAAGUUGGUGAAGAAGCAUGGGAAGGAUGUGGAGAUGGCAACUGAGACCUCAGCCGCCCCGGUAAUAAUUCCGGACGAAGAUGUGGAGGUCCCGAAUCCGGGACAAGAGUUAGCUUCUGUUUCCUCAUCUGAGGAGGAACCUGCUGACGAUGCAGCUCCUGCUAGCCCUUUCAGUUAUGCGGAGUUGGAAGUUAAGUUAAAACAGAUUACACCCGACUGGAAAGCCAUCAAGCCCUUUGCUAAGAUGUUUGAUAUGAUAGAAACGCUGGUGAGGGGCCUCCGCGGCAUGGCUCAACAACACGAUCUUUUUACUCAGCUGCUGCAGACUGCAGACUAUAUGAGGACCUUCUCCUCUCGGCGCCAAGAGAUUGAAAAUCAGCUGCGUCUGAGAAUGGAGGAGGCUGAGGCCAAUUUAUCCACCAUGCGGGAGGAAAAUGAAGCCCUCCGAGUGGAGUUGGCUAAGGCGAAGAGUCGAGAAGAAUCAACUGCGGGUCGCCUACAUGAGGCGGAAGGUGAGGCAGCCCGGCUAAGGGAUGAAGUGAGUCAACUCCGGACAGAAGUUUCGAAUGAAAAGAAACAGAAGGAAGACUUGCAGCUGCGCCUGGAUGUGCAAAAAGAAGAACUUGAACGGGAAUUUGCUGUGGAAAGGGAGGAACUUGCAGCGGAUUACCAGCAACAAGUUGAUGAUACGUUUAUCUUUGGGUAUCGCUGCUGUAUGAAGAAGAACGGUAUCAAGUGA